UCGAGUCUUUGACCAGAAAAAAAGUUUUUUUUCCUGAUAAGAUUAAGAACGAAAAUGGUGAAGGAGAAUCCGAGGGAAAUGCAAGGAGUGAUCAUCACCGUAUACGUCGAUCGCGAAACCACCGCCGUCCGAUCGUCUCGUCCGAUUCCGGCGAACAAGAAUAAGAUCGUGCGGCGGAGAUUAACCGAUGAGACCGGAAAGACACGUGGCAGUGAUCGGAAGGCCCGUCUCCUCGCGUACGCUAGGGAGCUCCGCGCGGCGGCGAAUCUCGCCGGAGAUAGCUACGGGUCCCCACGGGCCGAGCAGAAGGAGAAGAAGAAGAAGAGGAAGAAGAGAAAGUGGAUAAGGAGAGUGGUGGCAAGAUUCCGGCUGCCGUUUCUCCGUUUAUUUCGUCGGAAAAAUCCGACGUGGCGAUACCGCCGGUUUGUUCCCGACGGAGAAGAAGAGUCAGUACCACCAAGAAAGAGCAAAGCGUGCGAUUCGGAGUUUUGGAAGAAGCUUAAACAUACGUUGGGAGGAAUAUCUCGGUGCGGAUGCAACAAAAGAUCUUUUGUCUGAUUCGUAUUAUUAAGAAACAUUUUCCUUUUUUAUUUUGUUUUCCAAAGAUUUUGUGAAUUAAUACAAACAAAAAAAAUUCAGACAUUGGAAGGAUCCGAAGAGGUUAAGGUUUAUGAUGCUUGUUUGAAAAACAAUGUAGAGAAGGACAAUCGACGAGGAAACAGCGCAGAAGAUUUAUCGUAUUGAUGACCGUUUUGGGGGUUUGAUUCCGUUUUCA